CGGCAAGCUACCUGAGUUUUUGAUUCUUUGUACAUUUGCUUGCAGGUUUAUUUUACCAAGGGCAAUGUCCAAGGCACCACUCAAGAAAAAGGAGACCUCCAGUAAAGUCUCUUUAUCCGAACGACCGACUGAAGCAUCGUCCGUAGGAGCAACUUCCUCUGAGAGCCUUGGAGGUGUUUGGAGAUGCAGGUUUCCCAUUUGGCCCGAGUGGAAUGACUCAGAAGUCAACCUGGAGAAAUGGGACUCAAGUAAAGGAUCUGAUGGAAACUCGAACAAGAGUCCCAAUGCUCCAUUAUUUGAAGAUCCUGAGGGAAAAAUAUCCCUGCCUCCAUCUGUGAGAGUGCACUCCUGGAAACGUCCUACAGAGUUUAUUGUCAAGGGUAUCACAGUUGUUGAGAAUCCAAUGAACUUUGAACUGAUCUCCCCAAAGGAUCAUCUGAUUUGCAGUGAGCUGAUGAGGUGGAUUAUCAGUGAGAUAUAUAUUGUUUGGACGCUGCAUAACAAUUCAGAUACAACACAAGAUAUUUGGAGACCUUGGGAUCCCAUCUACUCGCUGUGUAAGGUGGGCAGAGGUCAUGUGCCACUCUACAACAUCUAUGGAAAAUACCUGGUCAGACUCUACUGGAUGGGUUGUUGGAGGAAGAUAACAGUAGAUGAUUCAAUGCCAUUUGAUGAAGAAAACAACUUGCUUCUCCCAGCCUCCACCUGUCAGUCAGAGCUGUGGCCAAUGUUGUUGGCUAAGGCUCUCAUUAAGGUGGCCAACACAAAUGUAACGUCAGAGGCCAGCAGGGAGAUGGGUGAGUUCAGCUUUAUCCAAACCCUCACUGGCUGGAUCCCAGAAAUCCGUCCUUUAAGAGGGAAGCAACCGUGCAGCCUAACCCAGGUCGAUUCAUCCCCAAAAUGACGGAGA